UCGCGAUACCAAGGCACAAGACUGGCUUUUGACCGGUUAGGGCUUGCGGGAAAGAUGGAGUAUUCCUCGUUGGGUACGCUGGAGACCGCGGACGACCGAGGCGCCGGGCCUACCAACAGCUCAGAGGAGCGGGAGGGCCGGGAGCCGGACGGGGUGCGCUUCGACCGCGAGAGGGCGCGCAGCCUGUGGGAAGCCGUGUCUGGUGCCCAGCCGGUGGGGAGGGAGGAAGUGGAGCACAUGAUCCAGAAGAACCAGUGUCUCUUCACCAACACCCAGUGUAAGGUUUGCUGCGCCUUGCUCAUUUCUGAGUCCCAGAAGCUGGCACAUUACCAGAGCAAAAAACAUGCCAACAAAGUGAAGAGAUACCUAGCAAUCCAUGGAAUGGAGACAUUAAAGGGGGAAACGAAGAAGCUAGACUCAGAUCAGAAGAGCAGCAGAAGCAAAGACAAGAACCAGUGCUGCCCCAUCUGUAACAUGACCUUUUCCUCCCCUGUUGUGGCCCAGUCGCAUUACCUGGGGAAGACCCACGCAAAGAACUUAAAGCUGAAGCAGCAAUCCACUAAGGUGGAAGCCUUGCACCAGAAUAGAGAAAUGAUAGACCCAGACAAGUUCUGCAGCCUCUGCCAUGCGACUUUCAACGACCCUGUCAUGGCUCAACAGCAUUAUGUGGGCAAGAAACACAGGAAACAGGAGACCAAGCUCAAACUCAUGGCACGUUAUGGGCGGCUGGCGGACUCUGCUGUUACUGACUUUUCAGCUGGGAAGGGCUAUCCCUGCAAGACGUGUAAGAUAGUGCUGAACUCCAUAGAACAGUACCAGGCUCACGUCAGCGGCUUCAAACACAAGAACCAGUCACCAAAAACAAUGGCAUCAUCCCUGGGCCAGAUUCCAGUGCAAAGGCAACCCAUUCAGAAAGAUUCAGCCACCUUGGAAGACUAGAGAUGUUUCUACCCAGCACCCCAUGUUGAACCAGCCAUGAACCAGCUUCCUGUGACUGGUCAGCCCUUGGCUCCCUCUUCCUCCUUUCUUAUACCAGGAGAAUACAUAGGCCUGAGGCAGGAUUGGGCUACAGACAGCCUCUGAUUGGUCCAGGCUAAUUUACUUCUGCUCCUCCCCUUUGGUAUGGGCCCUGUAGGUCAUGACAGGGAAGGUAGGGUUCUUGAGAGAACUUGGGGUCUCACGGGGUGGUAGUUUGGAGGAUGGCUUUCCCCUUUCCCCAGCCCCUCUGGGCGGUAUGUGGUGAGAUCCUAGCACUUGUCUUUCCUCAGAAAGUCAAUUUUGGGCCAGUUCCUGCAGCUAAAGAACAGAGCUCUCCCUGGGCUCUAGGCAUCUCUAGUGAAACCCAGAGCUUUCAUGCCAGACUUGGGCCAGGGUGGGAAAUAGUAGAUGGAAGUGGCUGCCACAUGGGAGUUUGGAGCUGAUGUGACACUACCCCUCCCCCAAAAAAGUACAGGCUUUCCUGAGCCUUGGACCAGAUACUGGCCAGUUGGCAGGUUUCUGCCAACUGUGAAGUUACCUUCUGGAGCAAUGACACAGUCCUGGCCAAGCAUUCCUAUCCCUCUGCCCCUUCUCCAUAGUUCCUGAAUGGUGCUAAGGAUCUGCAGCAGCUGGGGACAAGCUGGAACUGGAGCUGGCCUCAGUGCCCAGCAGGAUCAUAGGAAGCUCCAGUGGGAAUGGUCCCUUUCGCCUUCUCCACCAGGGGUGCUCUGACCCAAGGUCAUGUGGGAAGGUCCCCCACGUGCAAGUUUCCUUGAGGCUUCUGUGCACCUAAAGGCAAACUGCCUCAUGCCAGCCAGCUGCAAGGUUCAUUGCUGCCCCUCAGCCCUACUAGCCCUCUCCUCCUUGUGCAGUAGAGCACCCUGCCCAGGUUGCUAUGGUGCUAGCUUCCCCCAUCAUCCAACAGAUGAUUUCUAGGUACCAGGGAGUUAGAUGGUAUCCAAGGGAAAGAAAUGGAGAGCUGACACAGGUUUCUACAUUGAGAAAACAGAUGUUCCCCAGGCCCCAAAACCAAAUUUCUCUAACUCAGCUAUGUUUUACAGCCUGGGACUUCACUGGGAGUGGAUUUUUCCUUGUAGCUUUCAAGCAAGAACUCCAGGGAGUGUCACCAUCAGAUGCUCUUCUUCAUUGGGUCAAAGAAGCCCCUAGCUGCUCUCGUGGCCUCCUCCCCCCACUCCCUAUCCCCUCGCCUCGAAAUGCCUUUGCGUAUUGUGUGUGUGCGCGCGCGUGUGUGUGUGUGUGUGUGUGCUUAUGCUCUGUUUUGUGGUCACUGAAGCAUACAAAUAAAGAAUUUCUCCCGUGAGCCAGUCU